AUGCUCGGAGAAGUGCCGUAUACGGCGCGGACCGCAGUUCUGGCCCAAUAUUUCCCUGCAACCCCGCGUUUGGCCAAGUUGAUGCGCACCAACGAGCCGUCGCCCGCGGCAUCCCUCCAACAGCCAACGCUGGUGGGCUCUUUUUCUUACGAUGCAAGCAAGGCGCUGCAUUUUGACAAUUCCAGCAAGCGCUGGUUUCGCGAGCCGCCGACGGAGCGUAACCAUGGAAAUGGCACCGGACGCGCGGCCGAUUUAAAUUUUGGGUUUGACGCGUUUACAGAAAAAGUACACACUCCUGACCCAUUGGAUUCCCUGCUGUAUACAUUGAUGCACCGUGCAUCGACACGCGAUUCCGCGUCGGAAAUAGUACGCGGCGCGCCGCAGGUCGGCGCCGAGUUGCUCGAUGCAGAGGUUUUGCGCACGAAUGUGAUUACAUGGCGCGGUAUUAUGACCAAACUGUGCACUGCAUGGAGCUGCCACCCAGAGGCCCCAAAAGCGUUUCGCGAAGGGUUUGAUCUGAACGUGAUGAUGUUGGGCAAUACGUUAUUUAUGGAAGAGGUGCCGCCCACAGCGCAAGAAGCGCAAGCACUUGCGCGACAGCGCAAACCACGCCGACUGCAGAAAGCCAUGUACUACGGAUACAGCUUUGAGUCUUUUUGUACCGAAGGCGCGACUCCCAAGCCGAGCGCUGCGCAAGUGCCGGGGUGGGGCGGCGAUGUGAAUACAAAUGUACAGUGGUGUCAUAUUGUGAAGUCUCGGCUUGGGGACAAUCGCGUGAUGAUUGGCGGCGAAGUCGACUGUGUAGAAGAGAGUUCAUCUGGUGCCGAUGAAACGGUCGUCGAACUCAAGACCAAUAUGCAGCUGCGCAACGAGGAGGACGAGUUUAGACUGCAUGUCAAGAUGCUGCGCAUGUACAUGCAGUCUUUCCUGCUGGGCGUGAAAACAAUCGUGAUUGGGUUUCGUGACGAGCACGGACAGUUGCUUGACGCGAAACACUACCGCACCGCGGACUUGCCACGCAUUGUCCGCGAUAAGAAAGGGCGUUGGGAUGCGAAUCACAACUUGGCGUUUGGGGCGCACAUUCUCAACUUUUUGCGCACGGAGAUCGGCGCGGAGAUGGAACGCUGGUGCUUCCGUGCGGUGCACAAUUUGCGUGCGAUGGAAGAGACACACGGCGCGUAUCCAUGGCAUGUACAUCGCACAGCCGGCUCGUUUUUGGGUCAUUUACCACUGCCGUGCCCUAGAGAUGCCGAGCUUGAAUACCCCGUUUUCCGCGUGAGCUUUCAGCCGCCGUUCUCGCAGUUGACAUUGCGACUUGUCUCACCGCAAGAACUCGAAUUAGAUGGACGUCGGCAGGGGCGGUGUGGUCUUGUGCCGACCGAAUUUUACCGCUGGGCAACCCAGCCUAUGACGACGCAAUGA